AUGGAAGGCAUAAACAAUAACAUGAAAGAAGAUUUGAAUGCGUCGAGGCUUUUACCGGGCGAGGGUAACGUUGAAACUACCAAUCGGUCGCCCAAUUCGAACCGAAACGUUGAUAAUGGGAUGGAAAGCAUAGACGAGACAGAGUUCUCGAAUCACUACAUACAAGAGAGUUUCGACAAGAUUAAUGACGCUAUUAGCAAGAUCGAGGGAGACAAGUUGGCGGGGAUCACACAGGAGUUGUCGUAUUUGAGACAUGUGUUGGACUAUCAGAACACGAAGAUCGAGAAGUUGACGGGCUUGAUGGCUGAUUUUUUGGAGAAUAAGAACCAGAAUGCGAUCAUUAGCUCGUUGCAGGCGAUACAGGACAGUGACAACCAGAAACAGGCCUCUGACCACGACCAGAUGGCGCAACAGGUGCAGGGACAGUCCGGAGACGGCGAUCACCACGACCAGGUGGGUGACGGGUCAUCGGGGAUGCCAUCGUAUCAGGACUCGUUAGCCAAUGCGUCGGUGCAUCUCGACAGCAAUAUGGACCCACAAUUGCACCAGGUGGCUGCGGCGGCGGUGCAGCAAGCGGAGGAACAAGCGGCACAGGUCCACCAACCCAACGUGAAUAUGGACAAAUACCGCAAGAAGAUCUACCUCAAGCGCAAGACCACACCCGACGACCCAUCCGCGUCAUCGCCGCAGGAUCCUGACUCGCUUCGCGACUCCAAGAGGCCCAAGAUCUCCAUCGAUUUCCUCCACAACCCCAUGACCGUUAAAGAGAUCUACGACGAGUUCACCAAGGGCUUCCGCGGCCAACCACCGCUCUGCGAGAUGGACUCUCGCUUCGGCAAGCACGAAUGGAGGGGCGACUCACGCUCCAAAGAAUCCAAACGCUACCAGCGUAGAAAGAAGCUCUGUGACUCCAUCGCGAGGGGCAUGCAAAAGUACGACAAAUCUGCCGAAGAGAUCAUUCGCUACAUCGAAGAGUUCCGUGGCGACAAAUCGCUUACCUGGGUCAUGAACGGUAAUCUUCCCUCUGACCUACACAUAUAG